AUGAGUAAACAAACUGGCAAAGCUUCAUGGGAUAUAAGAACCACAAAGGUUUUUAUUGACCUGUGCAUUGAAGAAGUUGGAAAAGGGGGAAGAAAAGGAACUAGCUUGACAAAACCUGCUUGGACAAGUCUUGUGGACAGCUUCACUGCAAAGACUGGGAGAGUCUAUACGAGAAUCCAAUUGAAAAACAAAUAUGAUACCCUGCGAAAGGAGUGGCAGUUAUGGGAUAGGCUGCUCCGUGAGACCGGUUUAGGAUGGGAUGCCGAAAGGAAUACUGUUAGUGCCCCUGAUGAAUGGUGGGAGAAGAAAAUAGUGGAAGUUCCUGGCUACGAGAAAUUUAGAGAAAGAGGGCUUCAGUUUCAGGCUGAAUUGACUCAACUCUUUGGGUCUGUAGCUGCAACUGGACCACAGUCAUGGGCACCUUCUUCCAUGACACUUCCAAGCGAAGGAGUUCCUAAAGAUGAUAUGGAAGAAGGGUCUGGAGAUAGUGAUGAACUUUUAGGAGCACCAACUGGCAUAAGCGGGGAGUUUAAUUCGGUCACAUUCAAUGACAAUAGUGGAGGAAGUGGAGGCAACACUGGGAUGAGACAGGAAACCAUUCGUGGGGGUAGAAGCACAGGUGGCAGUCGACCUAGUAGCUCAUUAGGGGUUAGAAAAAAGGUGAAUCCAUGA